UGGACUAGAAUGAUGAUCAAUGUACUUCCAGUGAACAGAAAUGCAAAAUAUUUUUCCCCAUCAUUCUUUUUUUUAAAAAGGUAUUUUUUUGCAUCACUAUUCAGCUGAAAAAGGCUGCAGGAGCAGUUUACAGAUACAGUUGCAGACUAUAUUAGAUUACUGGAAUUGUUCUCAAAAUGUUUAAAUUGUUUUAUUGUUCAUGUGUUUGCUACAGUGGAUUCCCUUGAGAGGAAGGGUAGGAUAUACAUUUAACAAAUAAUAUAUAAGUAUUGUGCUUUUCCAUCUAUAACAUACCCCAGUGUAUAACAUGCCCCCUAUUUUGGGGGACUCAAAAUUAAGAAAAUGGGGGAGAGAGAUUCCCCAAAGUUGUUGAGGGUUUUUUUGGGGGGGGGGAAGAAUUGUUGAGCUUUUGAAAGGUGAAAAUGCGAAAAAAUCUGCUCACUCACCGCUCACGUCGCCAGACCAACCUAUCCUCUGUCCCAUCGCCGAAGAAAGCAGCAAAUCGACUGGCCAAUUGCCGCAGCAGCAGCCAAUAAUCAACAGCCCUUGCAACAGCCACCAAUAACAAUCUCCAGCUUGUGGCAGCAACCAAUCCCACUCCCCCACAAUGCCCUACCCAUGUAUAAGACGACUCCUAAUUUUGAACAUUUUGGAAUAUAGUCUUAUACACAGAAAAGUAUGGUAAUAUGAGAAUCCCAGCCUUAGGCUUACAACCUAUUGGUCGUCAGGUGUUUGGGAAUUGCUGUACAAUGGAUUUUGACAGGUGUCAUUUACCUGAUGACACUAUGGCAUCAGAUGAUCAACAGGAGAUAAGGACCUGACCUGUUGGGCUAAAAAUGUUCCCUGAGCUAAAAAGGAAAUGUGAUCGGGAGGGAGAAAGAAGAAAGCGGAUUCAGGCACCAGUUCUUAGGUCACAUCCACCAUACAUCCUUGUUUAAAACAUCCUUUAACAGUCAUGGGUUCCCCAAAAGAAUCCUGGGAACUGUAGUUUGUUAAGGGUGCUGAGAGUUGUUAGCACCCCCUCACAGAGCUACAGUUCCCAGGAACUGUAACAAACUAUAGCUCCCAUCCUUAGAUGGAGCCAUGGUUGCCAAGGAGUUACAGUACUGUAAUAGAAUGGAAAGACUUCAAAGAGAGAAGGAGCCAAAAGCUGCUAGUCUUUCAGCUGAGUCGAUGGAGACGCCAUGCAGUCCCAUCUCUCACUCUAGAGGGUACAGGGUUAUUGGUGCGAUGCCCCCCAGAUUUUGUUGCCUACUCCUGCAAGAGGGAGGAGCCUGGUGAAUGUGGUGCUGGAGCACAGCCAAUGGAGAGGGCCUUUCUGAAAUAUUCCAGUCGGACAACCUUUAAGUUUUGUUUUGCUCCUUUUGGUAUUUUGAGCAUGGGAUCAGAAGGCAACAAAAAUAGCUGCGUAAAAACAUCUGUAUGUUUUGUUUGCAGCCUUGACCUUCAGUAUCUGUGGUUUUACUGAGCUCUCCAUAUUAACAAUGAGAAAUCCCUUAUAGGGCGAAGCCGCAACUCUUGCAUUCUAGAUAGUUGGAAGCUAACUUGAGUUGUUAGGUUGCCAGUAAUAACAGUUUCGCACGAGGGUACUUUUUUCGUACUCUCACUCUAACAAACAGAUCACACUGUUUGCCUUAUUUUAAAAUAACGCCAGCGACGGGCGAGAAUCACAUUGUUUGACAAUCCUGUAAAAGGAGGCAUUUUUUCGCGAACACUGCCUCUGACUUCGAUCUGAUUAAAUCAGUCUCCCUGCCUGCCUCUAUGUUCUCAGUGAUGUUUUAAAUUAAUUUAUUUACUUCCUCUUUGGAGUGCCUCUGCAGACAUUAUCAGACACAAUCUACCGCAUAAUGCAAGCUUCUGCAGUGUAGCAAGUCAGUCUUGAUAUUCUCGUGUUUCUUGGGGUAUAGAGGCUCUCUGGAAGAAGGCAGUGAAUAAAGACCAGAUUACUAGAGUUAUACAUUUAGCUCCUUAGAUUGUGAGCAAAAUAUGUAAAGCCCAGAGCCUGAAAGAUCAUGCCAAGAUUUCUGGUUGCAACAGUAGUGCGGUUGACGCUUCCACACCUUACUUCUAAAUAACAUGGCUUCCUCCAAAGAACCCUGAGAGCCCUCCUUAAUCAACAAUUCCCAGCGAAUUACAGUUCCCAGGAUUCUUUGGUGUGUGUGUGUGUGUGUGUGUGUGUGUGUGUGUGCAUUAAAUAUGCUUUAAAUGUACAGUGUGGAUUUAAUGUGUGUCUCUGAAACAUGACUGGCCCAGUGGUGUGCUGUGUUGCAUUGUGUUCCUGUAAUGAUCAUAGCAUUGCCUCCUGAUCCUGCAAGGCUCUGGUACAACUUGUUUGAGGAUUCAGAACAAAACAAAAGCAAACACCGUGGCCAUGUUUGCAUGCAACGCUAAACCAUGGUUUAGUGUUGCAGACUUGAGCAAGCAGGAGCCGCCACAAGUCCUGGGUUCACAUGCUCCCACUCCCCCCUGCUCUUCCUCCAGAGUUUUUGUUCAGCCAAGCUGACUGAUACCUCCAUAACUACAAAUCAGGUUAUUUUAUUGCUGAAACUAAACUCUUCCAGGGUCCUCCUUUUGAAGUCCAAGGCUCCUUCCCGUUCAUGCACUUAGCAGCAAGUUAUGCUUUAGCUUUUUGUAUGACUGUGACCUUUGGCUACUGAUGAGGCACAAUAAGUUCAAUUUUAUCCCUGCAUUCCGCUUAGCCAAGCUGCCAUAUUCAUAAUUCUUAACAGGCAUCAAAUAGCUGUAAGCAUUGCUAUGAGAAAGCCGGGCUGAGCUGCUGCAAGAAAGGAAAACCACACUGAGAUAAAAGGAUCUCCUUUACCUCUUAACAUAUGCUAAUUUAAAAGGCAGAGCUAGCUAAUGGCAUUAAUAUAAAAACUCCCAGCAGGUGAGCACCUGAGGUUCCGGUACCAGGCAACAUUCAUUCUUCUGUCUUAGUUAUUUCAAGAGAUAUUUAUUUUUAAUGUUUGAUAUUUUAAUACGUUUUUAUAUGUGCUGGAAGCCACCCUGAGUGGCUGAGGAAACCCAGCCAGAUGGGCAGGAUAUGAAUUUAUUUAUUUAUUUAUUUCAAGUUAGAAGAGAGUUUAAUUUUUUCCCCCAAAAAUCAAAGGCUGUGCGUGGGGGAUUCCUGUACACAGCAGAGUACAUUAUCCUGAGAACGUUGAUGUACAAUUUUAUUUUAUAUGCCUAAAUAGGAAGCAAUAUCACUUCUAAGCCACUUAAUAUUAAAAUAAUAUCACUUUGUAAACCACUUAAUAUUAAAACAUCUCUAAGUGGUCUACAGCAAAAACUUAAAAUGUAUACUAAAAACCAUCGCCAUAAACCACCAGAAACAAAACGAUCAAGAAUCGCAACAAUACAGCAUCCUAAAUACAAAAAAAAAAUACUACGGUAAAUCCUGCUUUAGCGGUCAGGGGAAGUUUGGGAAAGUAGUAACCCAUGAGGCUUCCUCUAUGGUUAGGGUGAAGAACAUUCCAAACAACAAGGGCAACAGUGGAAAAUACCCCUUUACAGGUUACCACUAUACAAUGGAAUGGAAUGGAAUGGAAUGUGUGGUACCGCUAACUGGAACUUUCUGGAUGACCACAGUGAUCUAGUAGGUCUACAUAGGGACAGGCAGACAGUGGCUGUAUUAUUGCUUCAUGGGCAGGGAAACAAAGCAGCUCUAGUGAACAUCAUGCCCCUCAUAUUUGCUCGCAAAAAAACUGGCGCAAGUGAACAAAUGCUUGGUCCCUGAAAGCCUCAGUAUCAUGCAACACUAUUCCCUCCACAUUAAGUCUUUUAGUUUCCAUGGAAGCUUAAUUCUAACUAUAAUCUGGAAAGUUGGCAGUCAUUGCUCUGCCAUCUGUAAAGGAUAAAAGUUCUGUAAAAAUUUGGGCCUUGUAACGUUCCUGAGUUGCCAUGAGCAAUUGUUCAGAAGCAGAGAAACUGAAUUAUACGGCAACAAUUAGCUGCACUUUGUUUUAGGAUUAUGGCAAGUGAAAGAAUUAGCUUUAAGGACAAUACCUGGUGUACAUAACCCACACAUAAAAUCACAGUUUUUAUAUCUACAGCAUUUUUUUCCCUCCCUGUUUAAUUGACUUCUGAUUCUACACUCACUGGCAUUGGGUCUCCAGACCUUCAGGCAAGAUUUGCAGCCUUAACUUGAGAUGCUGAGAAUGGAAUCCAGGAACAAACAUCAUUCUAGCUUACCACUGAGCAUCACAAAAGCUGUAUGGUUUCUUAAAACUGAAGGCAACAGUCAGUGUAUGAGCAUAGUGCGGCCUGCUGACAGCUCAGAAGCUGAGUGUGAAGAAGGCACUGAACAUAAUUUGCUGUAGUUAACGGGCAGGAUUUCAGAGGUCAUCCCCACAACUAGCAGAAGCAAAGCAAAUAGAGAUGGUCAAUGCAUGGUUUUCUGAGAGAGUUCAUCCCAUACCAGUGUGCAAAGAGGGGGCCAAGCAGCACGGUGACGCUUGUUCUUGUCCCAGCCACCAGGCCGCACGGGCAGAGAGCACUAACCCCACACCCCCAACCAGGAAGAUAUCUGCUUCUGAGUUUGACAGGCCCCUUAGGCCUAUUGUUGUCAAGGAUUGUGUUGGAACCGUGAGUUUCUUGUCGGACUCCGAAAAGAAGGAGCAGAUGCCUCUCCAUCCCCGGACGCUUGGGAGCGAUGCAGGGGAUCAGUGCUCAAGGCUCUUAGAAUUGGUGAAGGACAUUUCUAGUCACUUGGAUGUCACAGCCCUUUGCCACAAAAUUUUCUUGCACAUCCACGAACUCAUUGCCGCCGAUCGCUACUCCCUCUUUCUGGUGUGUGAAGACAGUUCCAAUGAGAAGUUUCUCAUCAGCAGGCUCUUCGACGUCGCCGAAGGUUCGACCUUGGAAGAAGCUUCAAACAAUGGUAUCCGUCUGGAGUGGAACAAAGGGAUAGUGGGACACGUGGCAGCUUUGGGGCAGCCUUUGAACAUCAAAGAUGCCUAUGAGGAUCCCCGAUUUAAUGCAGAAGUGGACCAAAUCACAGGCUAUAGGACGCAGAGCAUCCUCUGUAUGCCAAUAAAGAACCAUAGAGAAGAGGUUGUUGGUGUGGCACAAGCAAUCAACAAGAAGUCUGGUGGUGGAGGAAUAUUCACUGAGCAAGAUGAGAAGGAUUUUGCUGCAUACCUGGCUUUUUGUGGAAUUGUUCUUCACAAUGCUCAGCUGUAUGAGACGUCCCUACUGGAAAACAGACGCAACCAGGUUCUCCUCGAUCUUGCCAGCUUAAUAUUUGAAGAGCAGCAAUCUUUAGAAGUAAUUUUGAAGAAGAUAGCUGCCACCAUAAUCACCUUUAUGCAGGUGCAGAAAUGCACCAUUUUCAUAGUGGAUGAAGACAGCUCAGAUCCAUUUUCCAGCGUCUUUCACAUGGAAUCUGAGGAAUUAGAAAAUUCAAGUGAGACGCACAAAAGAAACUAUGAUACCAACCAAAUUAAUUAUAUGUAUGCUCAAUACGUGAAGAAUACCAUGGAGCCUCUUAACAUUUCAGAUAUUCGCCAAGACAAAAGAUUUCCUUGGACAAAUGAAAAUGCAGAUAGUAAAAACCAGAAUAUAGAAAGUUUGCUAUGCACGCCAAUUAAAAACGGAAAGAAGAAUAAAGUAAUAGGAGUCUGUCAACUUGCAAAUAAGAUGGAAGAAAAUUCAGGCAAAAUAAAGGCUUUCAACAGAAAUGACGAACAGUUUCUGGAAGCUUUUGUCAUCUUCUGCGGCUUGGGUAUCCAGAACACACAGAUGUAUGAAACUGUGGAAAGAGCCAUGGCAAAGCAGAUGGUGACAUUAGAGGUCCUUUCUUAUCAUGCUUCAGCUGCUGAAGAAGAAACAAGGGAACUUCAGGUAACAGCGGCUGCUGUUGUACCAUCUGCGCAAUCUCUCAAGCUCACCGACUUCUACUUCAGUGACUUUGAGCUGUCAGAUAUGGAAACCUCCCUGUGUACAAUUCGGAUGUUCACUGAUCUUAACCUUGUGCAGAAUUUCCAAAUGAAACACGAGGUCCUUUGCAGAUGGAUUUUGAGCGUGAGGAAAAAUUACCGGAAAAACGUUGCGUAUCAUAAUUGGAGGCAUGCUUUCAACACUGCCCAGUGCAUGUUUGCUGCUUUGAAGUCAGGGAAAAUCCAGAGCAAGCUUACAGACGUUGAGGUGCUUUCUUUGCUGAUCGCAGCACUGAGCCAUGACCUGGACCACAGAGGUGUGAACAACUCUUACAUACAGAGAAGUGAACACCCCCUUGCCCAGCUGUAUUGCCACUCAAUCAUGGAACAUCACCAUUUUGAUCAGUGCCUGAUGAUCCUGAACACCCCGGGCAACCAGAUUCUCAGCGGCCUUUCUGUUGAGGAAUACAAGGCUACCUUGAAAAUGAUCAAACAAGCUAUUCUGGCCACAGAUCUUGCACUGUACAUUAAGAGAAGAGGAGAGUUUUUUGACCUUCUGAGAAAGAAACAGUUUAAUCUGGAAGACCCUUAUCAAAAGGAGCUAUUUUUGGCAAUGCUGAUGACUGCGUGUGAUUUGUCAGCAAUAACAAAGCCAUGGCCUGUUCAGCAACGGAUAGCUGAACUUGUAGCUACAGAAUUCUUUGACCAAGGUGAUAAGGAGAGAAAAGAACUCAAUAUAGAACCAACAGAUUUAAUGAACCGUGAAAAGAAAAACAAAAUCCCCAGCAUGCAAGUUGGAUUCAUUGAUGCCAUCUGCUUGCAGCUCUAUGAGGCGAUGACACACGUCUCAGAAGCCUGCUAUCCUUUGCUGGAGGGCUGCAGAAAGAACCGGCAGAAAUGGCAGACAUUAGCCGAACAGCAAGAAACAAACCUGAUCAAUGGAGAAAGCAAUCAGCCCAAACGGAACUGAGAUAGCACUUCGUUGGGAAUGCUGGUUUACAAAGAAGCUAUUUAUAUAUAGGGAUUUGGAGAUACUUAAAUGUUUUGCUAGACACUGUACGAAAUAGGUGUAUAAUUUGCCACUGCUGUAUUUUAAAGAACAAGGAGACAUAUAUUUUUGCACAGCAUUCGGGAGCGUAACAUGAACGUUUUUGUGUAUGAUGUAUCAUAGUUGUAUAUUUCCAAUAUUUUGUUUAUUUGAGGGAGAACGAGGUCUGCACUUAGCAGGUCCAGUUUGCUCUGCUCAGCUUUAUAAGACGGUACAGAAGAGGAGAGUUUCUAGGACUGCUGUUUUCAGUUGUACAUAGUUGUUUAGUUUCAGUCAAUGGCCAGUACUUUAAAACGAUUACCAUAUUUAGCACCUUUUUCAUCCUUUUGUGUUGUCUGUUUCUGUAAGUGUAAAUAACCAGUGUUGCUUUUGGGAGCCUGAGAAACAUGAAGGAGCUUAGUGGUCAGUGUUCACUAUGGGAGCUGCUGAAUCCAGUAUCUCCUUUUUCCAAAGAAGGUCAGGGCUGAAGCACAGUAUCUUGAGAGAAUAUAUUGCUCCUGUGCCUUUUUCCUGCCAUGAGAGCGCUUCACCUUGAAUGAACUUGAGCUGUUAAUUACCCAGCAGUCCCAGGCUGCUGGUAAAGAUCUAUAGAUGGAACUGCCUGACAUUUCUUAGAGCAUCAUAGCUCAAAAGUGCAGUUAUCUGAAGAAGACAUCAAAGGCAAGAGAAAUGGGGAAUGGAGACAGGCGGAAGAGAGACUGUGUAGACAGUGGGGCUACCUUCAAUGAGAUGGGAUCAUCCCACAGCAAACAAGCUUCAAUGCCAUCCUGCCUACUGAAAUCGUGGAAUGGGGAACAACCUGAAGCUGGCAGCGACGUGAGUGAGUGCAGAAAACUAGGCCUGGUCCAGAACUUGAGAAUUGCUCUGCAUAUUGUAAAACUGAAUCAAAUUAAAGAGAUCAGAGCUGAGAAAUAGCCAAGGCUACUUUAAAACAACUGCUCAUAAUUGCAAAGAGGUUUUUAUGAGUGAAUUUUGGAAAGAAGAAUGCUUUUGGUUUUUCAUAAGACCAUUUGACUUGGAACAAGCAUAACCGCAGAGUAUUGAAGCAGAAAGCAGAAAUGGAAACAGCUGAGAAUACUUCAGGGAGCUUACAAAGAUAACUUUAAAGAAGUCAACGAGUAUUAGUUCAAGAAAGGAUGUAGACAAAACAAAUCUUAAAAUACCACCUCACUGCCUGCAACCAAUAAUGUUACCAUGUCAAAAAUGAGAUUUUUGUCUGGUAGUGUUUAUUUGUGGAUACAACUUUGGUUGUGCCCAGAUGUUUGUAAAGAUGAUUUUCACAUGUGUAAUACUUUUUUAGGACAAACAAGCAGCAAGCAAGCACACCUAUCAAAUAUGUUGCAUUGAUUUUUGUGCAGUUAUCUGAAAAGUUGCACUUUUGGGAUUGUCAGGGAGGGUACAACUGCCACUGUAGCUCUCAAAGUAGGAACAAGGCUUUCUGCCAAAGGAUCCAGAACAUUCCUCAACAUCCCAAAUGAUUAGGAGCUGCUUUUAUCUCUGUUUUCGGAAUAACUGGGAGAGUCACUAACCUGACUGCAAUCUGAAAACGCAGGCCCAAAACCACUUCCAUCUGUCCCGUGAAAGGGACUGUUGGCCUCACAGUUGCAGCUUUCAAAUGCAGUCAGGUCAAGAAAUUUGGCAGUGGAAACAGGUUUAUCCAUUGUUAGAUUUUUGCCACUUCUUUUUUAUAUAUAUAAUCUGGGAGAUGCUCUUCAGUUGUGUGGUAUUAAUGGUAAUGUUGGGUGGGACAUGGAGCAUGUAUAUAUGCUCACACAGGUACAAUAAUGUGCCACAUACUGAAGCUGUAAUGUUUGUUCAUUAAAAGUAUUAUCUGGCCGACUUCAUAUAUUUUCCAUAUCCAAGAUCUAAAGGCCUGCUCCAUGUUCAGAAGAAUCAUGUUUUCCAGUCCUUCUGUAAUUGUGCCACUUUUCCAUGGGAUAUAUUAUGUGGCCGGCCAUAUAUAAAAAAACCAGUUCCCUGCAUAUAGACAACUGGCACAUCAGGAGGAAGAGUAGGCCGAAAAUGUUCUCCUUGACAUGCUAGAUUUUCCGUGUGCAGGGUUUUUAAUAUUUUUUUAUGGGAGUGCAUUCAAACAUUCAGCCUCAAACACUCCAUUUUCUGCUUUGUCUCAUGCUGUUUCUGUACAUUUGGAUUGUGCGUAAGGCAGGUUCAAAUAAUCCACCAAAACAGUUGCCAUUUAGGACAGUAUAACCUUAGGAUCUGAAGUCCCAGAAAAGCAGACUCAACAUCCUUGUUCAACAUUACCCCAGAGGAUCAGUCUUUACCUUUAUAGCUUGUGACUAGAUCCUCUACACAUCAUCAUGGAGAUCAAUCUGCUUUUCCAGAGCACUAUAAGUACAGGACAGACGCAAGCACGAUACAUUGUUCCAAAAUGGGCUGCAUUGUUGAUUAGACAAUGAAAAAUUCGCUUUGCCUGGUCAUCCCAAGUCCAGGAGCAGAAAUCACACAAGCAAAUAAGUGGUAUUCCCUGUCUUUGUUUUCUUAGUCUGCAAAUGUCACAUUAAUAAUUAUAUUAUUGUCUGUGUUGUUUUUGACAUUUAUAUACCAUUGCAAUGUGUUGAAAUUAAUUACAUAAUUAAUCAUGUAGGUUUUGGCCCUGGCAAAGAGCAUGAUGAAUAACUUAGUGGAAGGCAAACUGAAGUGGAAUGGAAACAGCACUGAUUGUAAUGAGCCCAGGAUAUGAUGGAAAUUUCUGUCUCCUUCCACCACUUCUGUCGAAAGUGCCUGAUUACUCAGGUCAAGCAAAACACACUUGGCAACUCAGUGUGAAGAUGAUAAGAAAAACAGGAGCAACAUAUAUGGCAGAGAUCUCACCAAUGGCUGUAGCAUCAUAGAAUUGUAUAUGCGUUGGUAAGCUGGCGGAAAGAAACCUAUGUGGAAUAUUGUGUUUAAAAGCAUUACUAUACAAUAAUUUGUAGUAAUUUGGUAUAUAAACCAACAGUCAUAUGAAUGUAACCAGGCAAACAAUAAUAUAUCACGAUAGGCCCACCAAUACAAUAUCCCAUAAUGAUGCAUACAGCAUCCAUCAACAUACAAGGCCUAAUUUCCAUGCAUGUGGACUUUUAGUAGUUCACCUGAAUAUUUUCUUACUGAGGCUCAUGUCUCACAUGGGAGGGGGGGAAAGAUUGAUAGAGCUGGAUGACUGAAUAUCUAGCAGCAAAUUGUAGGUUUAUUGCUGGCAGGGAUCUGAACCGAAUUCACUUUUGCGCAGGGUAGAGUUAAUUUCAGUUGGGCUAUGUGUAUGCAGCCAUGUGCAAUAAAAACCACCAAACCUGAAAUGUUAGUUUAAGUGUGGGUGGUCAAGACGUGCCUUUCUGCAAAUUAGCAAGUUGGCUGAAGUCGGCGAGUGUGUUGCAGCAUUAAGUGGAUGCAACAUUUUAUAGCUAUGAGUUGGUUCAGCAAAAGACUUGUUUUCUGCUUUGUCUCGAUAACCACUGAAAAAAUGAUAUGCACGCUCACACAUGCACAGGCGAUAAAAAUAAUAAGAAACCACAUGCUUGACCUUUUUAAUAGCAGCCUGUUUGUACUAUUGAUGAUCAAUAUAAUCUCAUCAGCCAUCAGUGCCCAGGAGCACUUUGAAGUUAAGUAGGUCGCCCCAUGCUGCUGGCAGAUCAGUGCAGAGAGAGGACGGCUGAAUGGCAGUGCACAUUUCCCCAGAGUGGAACAUUUUAAUAUUGCCUGAUGGCUUUAUUUGACAUAGUAGUUCAGAAGAGACAUGUGUGAAUGCUUUUAUAUUCAAGUUUAGUUACUCUUUAUUCCAUAUGUUACACAUGUCCCUUCUGAACUACCAUGUCAAAUACAGUCCUCUAAAAUGGGUCUCUCUCUCUCUCUCUCUUCUCUCUCUCUCUCUCUCUCUCUCUCUCUCUCUCUCUCUCUCUCUCUCUCUCUCUCUCUCUCUCUCUCUCAUUGACUUGCAUGGAGAAUUCCCUAUACAGUGAUACCUCGGAAGUUGAACAAAAUCUGUUCUGGAAGUCCGUUCGACUUCCAAAACUUUCAGAAACCAAGGCACAGCUUCCGAUUGGCUGCAGGAAUCUCCUGCAGCCAAUCAGAAGCCACAGAAGUCUCGUCAGAUGUUCAGGUUCCAAAGAACAUUAAAAACCAGAACAAUCACUUCUGGUUUUUGAUCAUUUGGGAGCCAAAACGUUUGACUCCCAAGGCGUUUAAAAACCAAGGUACGACGGUACUAAAUUAUUAUCAAAAUAAUUUGCACUGCAAUCGUAUACAUACCUACUCAGAAGUUAGUCUCAUUGAAUUCAAUAGGACUUAUCCUCAGGUAAUAACAAUACUUUUAUUAUUUGUACCCUGCCCAUCUGUCUGGGUGGCCCCAGCCACUCUGAGUGACUUCUAGCUGAUAAAAAACAUAGUAAAACUUCAGACAUUAAAAACUACCCUUUACAGGGCUGCCUUCAGAUGUCUCCUAAAAAUUGUAUAGUUAUUUAUCUCCUUGACAUCUGAUAGGAGGGCUAGGGCGGGUGCCAAUACCGAGAAAGCCCUGGUUCCCUGUAACCUCAGUUCUGACAGUGAGGGAACCACCAGAAGGCCCUCUGUGUCCAGGCUACACAAUGGGGGUGGAGACAUUCCAUCAGAUAUACAGGGCCAAGGCCAUUUAAGUAAGUGUGUAUUGGGUUGUAUUCUUAACUGGGUAAUCCUGGACACAUGUUGGCACUUAGUUUAUAUAAUCAGAGUGGUUAAAGAACAGUAAGUGGAUAUUUUCCUAACCUACAACAGCUCUUCAUGGACAUAAAUUCCCACAGAGCUAAUAUAAGCAUUGCUUUUCAUCUAGUUAACAAUCUCAGUAAUGCUAAUUAUCACUAACAUGGAUUAGGUACUACACCACUGUUUUAAAUAUUGUUCUGAAGAGUGGUAUGAGGGCUUUGAUGUCCCUAAUCCUGUGCUCAACAAUUCCCAAUUAAGUUAUUCUGUGAGUGUUCCUCACAGUUAUGGAAAACAGUUUAUGUGUAACUACAGAUGAUGCAGAAUGGAGAUACUUUUUUUUUUUUAGCAGAAUGGAGAUAUUGACUUUAGAGACUCAUUGAAGCAUGCCCAUAGUAUUUGCUCCUGUGCAUAGCAUUAGAGCACAUGUAUAUGUUGUUAUGAAUGGAUCUUAAAUCUAUUUCUGGUUCUGAAAAGCUGCCAUUGAUUCAGGGAUAAUUUGUCCCCAGGACAAAUGGUGAAGAAAGACUAAAGUAAUUUAAUUAGAUGUUGGUCUCAAAAUUCUAUAGAAUCUUGUCACUCUAUGUACUGUAGGCUUAUUUUUUAAAAUGACUUGCAAAGAAAGCAGAAAUUACUUGGAAAUGUAAUAUGUUCAUACAUAAGAAAUGCAUUGGUUUUUUUAAGAACUGAACUCAAAGGCAAAAUUUGCAUUCUAUAAGUUUUUGUUGACAGGGAGGAAGUGAUUGCACAUCUAGAUUUGUGAGGUGUAGAUAUGUAUAUGAAACUGUGGGUAUGGAUGAUCCCAAAGACAAUACCCAAUGUUCUGGGUAUGUUCCAGGCAGGCACUAGCGUUUCAUUGUGACGUAACCAUUUUAUUAUGGGUGUUUACUGCCAAAGAGUAGUACUCCUCAAAAUGAUGGGCACUCAAGGGAAAGUCAUUGUGCUUCAGUGCAUAGUCCCUAUGCACAUAAACCUUUUUGAUUUCUCAGGAGUUGAAAACACUUAAUAACGUACAACUGAAAUUUGCAGUGAUUUUUUUGUGAAGAAGAAGAAUAUGUGGUGUUUGAUUUGUGAUGGUUCUUUUACAGAUGCAAAUGAGGAUGGGGAGAAAUUCAUCCAGUUUGCAUUCUGAUUGAUGUAAUUUGCACUUACCAAACCACAUUUACACUUCUCCAAAUUUUCUGAAACUUCUCAAGACCAAAAAAUAAUUGCAUUAAAAUUCUGUUUUUAAGGAAAGCUGUGCUUUAAAAUGCAUAUAUUGCCGAGAAUAAUCUGCAAUAAUGCAUUAUAUCAGAUAAAAUUGCUUGGAAUAAUAUGUACAAAAGGUAUAUAUUAGGAGAAAUGUGCAUGAAAAAAAUGUCUAAAUCUUCAGGUAUACUGUAGGCUUAAAAAAAGAAUAAUAGCAAACUGCUGCAAAAAUCAAGUGAACUGAAUUUAAGCUUGGAAAAGUGAGGGAAACCAAAACUGACAGGUUCACCCAUCGCUACAUGCAAGUAAUUAUUUGAUCUUGCAGUCAUCUAAUGCAUUUGUAGAAAGGGCCUUAAAAUCAAAGUCAUGACUUUGUUGUCAUUUCCAAAGUCUAUGCUUUAGGUUAGAGCUGCACGUUGAGGCUUUAAACAUUGAAAGAUGUCAUCAGAAUUAUUUUGAUACUGGACGUGAUGCACACUGUUUGCUACACAAUAUGGCCAUCAGAAAGUUGAUGCGAAAACUUUCCUUAAAAGAGGUCUAUUGCAGAUGACUUGUAUGAGUGCCAUGGCUUGAAAAUAACUGUUAGAAAGCAAUUCAGCUGAAUAGCUGGAUCCAAUUAACUGAAUACAAUAAGCUAUUUUAUUUGAUGGUAUAAGGUUUGUUGCAUUUCUUGCUUGUACAUAAGGUCUUACGAUUCCCAUUACAAACGCUGGACCAAAUUGUUGACUGCAGUAAAAUUCACCCAACAGUUUUGAUAAAGUCAGUCUGCCCUUCCACUCUUCCAGUGGAAUUGUAAAAAAAGUUAGAAUUUUAACUUCUCUGUAGAUACACAGGACACAGACCUGUAAGUGUUUCUUAAGAAUGUAGUGAAAACACUGUACAUAGUUUUGAAAUAUAUUACUUUUAUAUUUUAACUCUGUAGAAAUUCCUAACACGUUGUCACUCGGUGUGUUGAUAAUAUUCUGCCUUUUUGAAACAUUUGAACAAAUAUAUAUAGUUUCUGAGCACAGUAUUUUUGUACUAGGCAAAGUCAUGGAUUAUGUAUUUGGUGUUUUCUUUUAAAGUCAUAUUUAACUCUG